CGCACACUACUCCUCUCACCUGCUGUACCGCGAUUUAAUUUUCAUUGUUAAUUUUAUUAUUUUUCUUGGAAGAUUCUUUAUCAAUAAAAUGAAGUGUUUAAGAUAGAACUGAAACAUUAUUUUGGAAUGAUUAGUGAAUGUAAAAAGAAAAAAGCAGUAUGUAUCAUAAAACUUUUUGACAAAUAGAAUUUUUUUUUUUUUACAUGAAAUACCCUUGUCUACGUUAGGUUUAUGUACCCUUGUCUGUAUAUUUAUGUUUUUGUAUUUGUGCUAUUGUUCAUAAUAAUAAUACAACCCCUCACAGCUUCUCACGUAUAACAAAAUGGCGGCGCCCAUGUUACAAUGGGGACUGUUGUCGGGUGACUAAUUCAAUCUAAAUAUAAAACGAUUAUUUCAUCGAUUGUUGAUAUUGUUACUCAUUAUAAAGCCUACAUGAUAAAGUCUUCUAGUUCAGCGGGUCCAUCAUCCUCUUCUCACCAGAUGAAGGAAAACAACCACCCCUCCAGUGGUCAGGCCUUCCUGGACCAUAUCAAGCCAUGCUGGUACUGGGACAAAAAGGACCUGGCCCACACCCCGUCCCAGUCCGAGGGCCUGGACCCGGCCACAGAGGCCCGGUACCGCAGGGAGGGGGCCCGGUUCAUCUUUGAUGUGGGGACCAGACUUGGACUACAUUAUGACACCCUGGCAACAGGUAUCAUAUACUUCCACCGUUUCUACAUGUUUCACUCUUUCAAACAGUUCCCCAGAUAUGUGACCGGUGCGUGUUGUCUCUUCCUGGCUGGGAAAGUGGAGGAGACUCCUAAGAAAUGUAAAGACAUCAUCAAGACGGCUCGCAGCUUACUGAACGACGUACAGUUUGCCCAGUUUGGAGACGACCCAAAGGAUUUUCGCCAUCAACAGGAAGAGGUUAUGGUGCUAGAGAGGAUUCUGCUACAGACAAUCAAGUUUGACCUGCAGGUGGAGCACCCUUACAUGUUCCUCCUGAGAUACGCCAAGCAGCUCAAAGGUGUGAAAGGUGACAAAACCAAAGUUCAGAAGCUGGUGCAGAUGGCAUGGACCUUCGUCAACGACAGUCUGUGCACCAUGCUGUCCCUGCAGUGGGAACCAGAGAUCAUAGCAGUAGCAGUCAUGUACCUGGCUGGACGGCUGUGUAAGUUUGACAUUCAGGAGUGGACGUCCAAGCAGUCUUCACGGCGAUGGUGGGAGCAGUUUGUACAGGACGUCCCAGUGGAGCUGCUGGAAGACAUCUGUCACCAGAUCCUGGACCUGUACUCCCAGGGGAAGACCCCCAUCCCCCCGGGUCUGGAGCAGGAGACCAAACAGAGAGUACCCCCCCAGCCCCCUGGCCCUGCUCCUGCUCCUCCUCCUGGCCCAGCCCCCACACAGCCUCCAGGGUGUGUCCCACCACCCCCUCCACCCAAGAGGAACUCCCCCCAAGGCAGCCCCCCACGCCGUCUCAAACGCCCACAUAGCUCUCCAAAAGAGGAACCCAAACCUCCAGAACAAGUGGGUUGUAAGAUUCCACGGUUGGAGAGCCCAAUGCCCCCCCUGCCUACUUCACAACCCCCGCCUGAUCGUAAGGCUCCCCCAGUCCCUCCUGAAGCUGAGCCAGCCGCGGGUAGCGAGCCCGUUCCCCCUCCCCCAUCUCACGCUCCACCCCCCCACCAGCCCCCUCCCCUGCCCCACCGCCCCCCUCCUCCUCCCCCCUCUAGCUACAUCAUGGGCAUGUCCACCUCUAGCUCCUACAUGUCAGGGGAAGGCUUCCAGAGCCUUCAGUCUAUAAUGAAGACAGGGGAACCCUCCUACGCCCCCAUGCCCCCCAACUACGGUCCCCCCAUGCCCUAUCACCCUCAUGUCUACCCCAACGCACCACCCCCAGGACCCCCACCCAGCACCUACCCACCCCCCAACCUGCCCCCUCCCUCCCCGGCCUACCCUCCACCAGGCUACAACCACAGCUACCCUGAGUACCCCCCUCCACGCAUGCCCCCAGGACACGGGGUGCCACCUCCAGGGAUGGGCAUGCCUCCUGGGGGCUACCCCCCACCGCCAGGCCAGCCCCAGGUGCCCCUGCCACCCCCUGGCAUGCCAAUGAACCGUGGGGGAUGGAUGAGGUAAAAGGAGGAGUGGUAGAGGAGAGAGCGGAAGAGAGAGGAGGAGAAUGAAAGAGUGAGAAGUAGAGGAAUGUCUGAAGCUAGCAGUCCACUCCCUGUUGUCAGUCCAGAGACUGUAACUGUGCAGAACUUUAGCUGGGUCGUGUUCAUUAGUCACCAAACGGAAGAAACUGACUGAGGGACUACCUGAACUUGUCCAGUAAGAAAUACUAAUUUUUCGCUUUCUGUUGCAAAACCGUUUGGUACAUUGUGUCCUAAUGAAUAUGAUCCUGGAGUCCACUGGAGAUGUCAACAAACAAAGGAUUUUACCUCUGAGAGCCAUGUCUGUUAUUCUACAUUGUCUUGGCUGCGUUGUGGAAUCCCAGACAUGUAAAGGUUACGACACCUGGAAAAUGUCCUACCAUUCUGUAGCACAGAGAUUCUAUCAGUUCCACAUUCCUUUUGAGAAAGGCAGAUGAUAUUGCAUUAUGGUUGAACAUAUUUUGAGACUCAUUGAAAAGAAAUAUGUCAUAUUUAGACUGAAGGUCUGAUUGAUGCUUUAAAACCUGCUUGUUUUUGCUUACAUUUUUUGUCUGCAUCGAAAAAGGAAAUAUUUUCAGUUCUGUGAUAAUUUACCGUGUGUGUGGAGAACAAGUUGCGUUAAUUGCAGAAAAUACCAAACACGUUUUUGUCUUAUUUUUAUUUAGCUGUGUGAAUAUUGGUUCAUCUGUAAGAUGUAUUGAACCGGAUGUAACCUGUAUUAUUAAAGUAGCACUUACACUGUUACUUGUAAUAAUCAUGAGCUGAAAGACAUUGGUAACCCAUAUCUGUCUCUAAACAGCAGGUUGAUAGAACACUGGACAGGCCGGGUUGUAUUUGUACAUGAUAAACUUACUAGGUGAAAUCUGAGCGAUGGAUCUUUUUAGACUGCUUAUAUCCUUAGUGCCUUAGUUAAUUAGGCUUUACUUUAACAGACAACUGCCUGCUCCCUCCCGACAUAUGCACACAAACACUUGCUUUUGUGUCUCAUAGGCACUCGGGGAUAAUAAAACACAUGUAUAAGCUA